UGUAGUUUGUGGAGUACUCUUGAAACGGAACGUUGUCGAUCCCCGAAUUGUUUUGCUUGCGUCAAAAUCACUGUGACGUUAAUUUUCAUUUUUGUUUACUUGCCAAGAAAUAGUAUUCUGGGUCCCUUGAUUCAUUUCGUAAUAAUAUACAGCGUUUAAAAUACAUGGAUAAUAACUUAUCUUACACUAUGGACAUGCAAUUGGAACCCUACAAUGGACUUGAAGUUAGAUUCGAUAGAAGUUGGCUCGAACAAAUACUUUUACAAAUCGCUGAUGCAUUUGAAAUCCGCAUAGUAUGGGACAGAGACACCGCCGUAUUGACGGGCGCCAUGGCCGUGGCGGGCGGUAUACUGGGCGGUUACGCGGGGGGCAGGUUCGGGGCCGCCCUCGGAGCUGGUAUAGGUGGCGCUGCUGGGCUCGGAGUCUCAACGGUAGUCUCACUCCGUGAGAUCUGGGCGAUUGUCAAAGAGAAACUGCAGGAGUUACUAUACAUAGUAUUCAACUACCUCCGGCGGCUGGAGCCCGUCGACUACGUGCGCGCCUUCGAGAUCCUCAUGGCCUGCGCCAACAGCCGCAGGGAACUCGUCCUUACGAUCCUCGAGUUCAUCGCACAGAAACUAGGAAGAGAAGUCAUGUCCAGCAUUACAGCGCAAUAAGGUUCAUUUUGCUUUGAAAGAGUAGUUGAUGAGUGUGAUUUUACACAAUAUUGUUAAAAGCGGUUAUUAAGUUGUUUUCCGCCUGCAAUGUUGCGCGUGGCUGCUUAUUGAGCACAUAACUUAUUUUCGCAGUAUGUUUUGGUAAAGAAAAUGCAACAAACCUAUCUCGAACAAUAUUCGAUUUUUUUAUUAUGGCGACACUAUGAACGAGGGUCUGAUUAGUAUUGUAAUUAGUACUGUAAACAAGUACUAAAUGCUGUUAAUUAGAAUUAACAGAUGAUUUGCGAAAUUUCGAAGAAAUAAAUGAUCGUUUCGACAA